CCGGACUGAGAAUGUGUGUGUGUGUCUGUAUGCGCGAGCUAUUGCACAAUUUACAAAAGCAGAGUCGCGCGGACACACCUCACGCCCCAAAGAAGUGAUCCGGAGACGCUGGUGUUGGCCUGAGCCACUUUGUCGUUUGAAAUAUUAAACAACUGGAGUUGGGGAAGUCGCGUCGGGGUCGACUUUGAGACCCCUGUGAUCCUGGUCUGUCGCUGUCAUCAGGGAGGAGUGUCAUGGCGGAGCCCGACUAUCUGGAUGGAGACUGUGAUGAGCUCAUCAAACCCAAGAAGCUGAUCAACCCGGUCAAGAACUCCAGAAACCACCAGGACCUGCAUCGAGAGCUGCUAAUGAACCAGAAGAGGGGUCUGGCUCCUCAGAACAAACCUGAGCUACAGAAGGUUCUGGAGAAGAGGAAGAGGGAGCAAGUUCUCAAGGCCCAGAAGGAGGAGCAGGAGGCCCACAAAAAGAGGAGCGAUCUGGAGAUUGAGCUCAUGAAAAGACAACAAAAACUAGAACAGUUGGAGCUGGAGCAACAGAAAAACGAGGAGGAACAAGAAAACACACCCGAGUUUGUGAAGAUGAAGAGCAACCUGCGCAGGACCAAGCAGGAGACCGACGGGGAGGAACGGACCACCUAAAAAAAAAAAACCAGCAGGGGUGUCUGGGUCUGGCUGAUUUGUGCGCGCGUUUGUGAGCACACAGAGGCGUCACGAGUGUGUGUACAGAAGAGAGGGAGAGAGUAUGCGUGGUGACCCGGCCGUGGUUUUCGAGAUGAACUUCCUGGCUUUCCCAUCCUAGCUGUUCCUCCUUUGCAGUGAGGGGAGAGACUUUACAGACUAAAGACACCUUGCCCCCCCUUCUGCCUGCCUGCCACGGGACCGCCAGUACUCAACUCUGCUUCUCACACAACAUCCAGCAGAACACAGAACCCCCCCCCCCCCCCCUCCCUCCUCCCUCUAAAACAGACAUGUUACCGUUUCAAAGAGGUCAACAAGCUUCCAAUGAGCUCUGAUGGAGACAAAACCGAACACACACACACACAGAGACACACAGGAGUUUUUGUCCCCUCUGGUUUUCACUCCUCUCUCCACAGAAGCUGUCAUCUAUCCUUACUGUUAUCGAUGUUGUUAUCGUUGUUGUUUUUGUUUUUUUUUGUCUCAUCUUCAGAAUCAAAAUAAGGAAAAGUGGACACUGGAUGGACUUUUGAAGCUGUGUAAUGUAAAAGCCAAACAAACGUGCUUUUUGUUAUUUAUGUUUGUAGCUUUUAGCCCGGGUAUAGGGGAGAACACUUUUUUUUUUAGUCGUUCCGUGUUUUAGUUCGUUUCACAGCAUAGUUUAUGAAGCCGGAUCAGGACAAAGGGAGUGUACAAUUGUGUAAAACACUCAAAUUUUCUUUAUUAUUUUUUAUUUUUAAACUUUUAACAUGCCAUUUCCUCAGCUAAAGCAAUGUUGAGCAAUAGUGGAACUCCCAGGCAUGAGAGUGACCGUUUCCUUGAUAUAUUCUGUUGUUUUGUAUCAUUAAAGUGUUACUUAAUAAAUAAUUUAAGAUUUUGUUGGGUCGGUCAAUAACAAUAAGAACUGUCUGAUCAGUCUUUGUGUGCAUUUAUAAACAAACUACCUGGUUUUUUACAUGUUGGCCAUAAAAAGAUAUGAUUGAGUGGUAUUUCUUGGAAUACAAGUAUCUGCAUCGCUCCUGAAACAACUCAGAAAAGCUUCCUGGAACCUUUUUUUAAAUUCAGUGUUUUGUCUUUAAUUACGAUUGAGGCAUUGCUGUUCAGGCAGAUAAUUUAAACGAGAACAUUUGAAUUCAAUCUAAUACCUUCCAAAAUGCAAAAUACAAUCUGAGAAACUGUGAUAACAUUUGAAAAAGCACAUCUGGUGGUUCUUCAAAUAUCACAUAGUAUAAUUGGUCUGAAUAUCUGGUUGUGGGUCUCCGAGAUAAUAAACGUUAUUAUUCUCAUGGUAAAAGACGUUUUAUAACAACAUAACCCUGUGUUUUUUCUCCAGAAUAUUCUUUAAAAUAAACAUUUGAACACGUUGAA